AUUUAUUGCCGACGUCUACCCAGUAGCCAGUUGUGUCCUUUCAGGCUCGAUCCAUCCCUCUUGCUCAUCUGCUAGCCACUUCGAUGACGGUUCUGGCAAACUUGACGACUCACGACUAGGACGCCGCAAGCCCGAGAUAAUCGACGACCCCCUCGCGAUACGCCUUACCACCAUUGAAUCUGGUUCAUACGUUGAUGUCAAUCUUGUUCUCACCUUCCGCUGCACUACCGACAACUCCUCCACCCAACUCGUCUCGUGCUUGUCGGACUUUCCCACUAUCUCCCCUCAACCCGUUUCGGUAUGACCAGCACCAGCAUCAGAACGGACAGCAUCAUGACCUGAAGACCGAAGCCGGGACGAGCAAUACGACCGAGAUGAAUCGGGAUGAUCCGAUGUCCUCUCCUCCAAUCUCUUCUACUUACAGAGGAGAUGGGGGAACGUUCUUCCCACCUCCCUUGGGAUCGUCUUCCCCACCUAUCCCAUCGCCUACUCCAGGAACCUCCUACCACCACCCUCCUUCGUCCCCCUGCUCCGUAUCGACCUCGACAUCCACCCUGAGGCCGAACCACAGCCAAAGCCUAUCCUUCGCCUCUCGAGCAAGAGCUCGUCAACCUCUCCCUCCGAGCCACAGGGCUGCUCCUGAUCCUCACGCUCGAUGGGGUAGCCAGAGGCCUUCUUUAGGGCGGCAUUCGCAGUCGGCGUCUGCAGCGGGCUUUACGUCAUUCGGGGAGAGCGUGGAUGGCAUGACGGAGCGGUCUGUCAAGGGUGCCAUGUGGAGGGACAAGUUUAGGCAACAGUGUUUGGAGGUCCGGGAUCGUGAUUCGAAGAGGGUCGGCGGCAAUGGGCCCAGUACGGCGAAUGGGGUGGAGAAUGGGAGGUCGAGGCAGAGAUCAGGGGCGUCAGCUGGGUCGACAAGGAGGUCGAGGAGGGGAGAUAAGCCGAAGACUUUCGACCCGGCUGCGGAUGAUGACGAGGAUAUGUCAGAGGAUAGCGAAGAACAGGCUGAUAAUGAAGAGAUCUUCCGACUGAUGAUGCAGAAACAAAGACGACAACUGAUGCACCAAGCUCGGUUGCAGUAUGAUCGAGAAGUAGGAGGAUCAGAUCCGGCCGUUCUCGAGAUGGAUAUCAGACAGGCCGAAGCUGAAGCGGAAGCAGAGGCUGAAGCUGCAGCAGCAGCUUCGAUGUCGGGCACGGGAACCGCACCCAACCAGUUCACUUCACCUCGUUCUCGUCCACAACCUGGCCAGCCCAGUGUUCCGGGCACAAUCUGGAGGUACCGCCCAUCGCCCGCUCGGAAUGGGAUACCCAUGUCUACCCCCUUGACGGAACCAACGACGGAUGUGUUUUUCAUGCACACGGGUGGUACGAACGCCAGCGCGAGUACGAGCGGUAUGGGUGACAACACUUCUGGAAACGACUACGGUCGACCGCAGGAGGGAUCUGAACUCGACUCAGGGAGGCAGGUUGAACUGGAUGAAGAAGAGCUGGCGAGGUUGGCUCAGAUGGAGGAAGAAGAGAGGCUCAUGAUCGAUCGCUUCGGGAACGGGUUUCGGGGACCGACACAUCCGCCAUCAGACGGAAUUUUAGAUGGAUUGACGUGGGAGGAUCUGGAGCCGGAUGAUGACGAGUUAGGGUUGGGGGAGGAUGUCGAAAUGUCUACUGGUUGAAGAAGAAAGUAGGGGUUUUAGGAGUUCGUUUUGUCUUGUCUUGCGUGGCUAUACCGCUUACUGUAUCGGCCGGAAUCAUAUCGGGUUGUACCCAUAAU